AUGCAAUUGACGGAGUUUGUCGGCAAGGCCGCUGCACUGAAGCGUAGACAUCGAGGACGCGGCCAGUACGAGUUUGCGCGGCGUGAGGCAGAGAAGUUUCUUCAGGAGGAAGUUCCGCGAACUGGGACAAACGUGUGGAUGGAGAAGGGAACGAAUGCUCUGGCGUUGUCGCAGCUACUGAGUUUCUUUGAAAUUGAACCGGAACCCUCUUUGCUUGCACUCAUUACAAACAAGCUUUUGCGUUUGUUAGAUGAUCCCAACAUCGACAGCCACACACGGCUCCAGGUAGCCAUUGCAUUGUCUUCGCGAAGUGAACUAUACAUGGAACGCAUAUUUGCCACAGUGGAUGAUGUUUUGAAACAGGCAACGCGAGAUGUUGCCUACAACGACAACUGUGGUAAUUUUGGUGACAUCACACAUAAAUGGAACGUUAUUGAACUUUCAGCGAAGGUGUUGCAGCGUAAUGGCAAGCACGCGCCCAGUGUAUUGAAUGAAUCCCUGACACAAAUGGUAAUAGCGCAACUAGAGCGUACACCAACGAAUGAGCUACCGAUACUUCAAAGCUCUCUUUUACGCGUGUAUAGUUGGAUGGUGCGCACUGGCAAGGUGGCUGAGGCAAAUCACCUCCUUGUUGCCCUUGUGGAGCAUACCGGUGAGUUUCAUAGCUAUGACUUUGCCACGCUCAUGUCUUCUUGCCUUCGCCACCAUCAAUUGUCGCCUCUGCCACUUCCAUUGCUUCAUCGCAUGGCACGUGUGGGAUUAAUGUACUCAACACUUGCCAAUGGACGCGAUGUGGCGGCUAUUCUUGCAUCCAUUGCACGAAUGCUUGGGUCCUUGGAGGCGGGAAAAAACGGCGUGACACAGCGUGAUGUGGGUGAACUCGGUGGGCGAAUGAGUAUGCUACUAGAAGAGUAUGAACCUCGUGUCCUCAGGUUCUUAGACAGCAAUGACGAUCUUUACUGGAAACACUGCGAUGAUAUAACUUCCAUUGCGUUUGCCUAUGAGAUGGGUGGGCGACUGCGCUACAGGCAUGUGUUUCUCGCCUACCAAAGCUACGUCGCGCAGAAUGUGACCUGCUUUGAGCCUCAGCAGCUUGCCAUUGCAUCUGGCAUACUCCGUCGCUCACAUCUCUUGUCGCGGGAGUUGGCAAUGAAACUCGGCGAACGCAUUGAGACGGUGUUGGGGGAGUUUUCACUGUCGGAGAUUAGCCACAUCUGUUCCACCUUUGCGCCCAUUUCACCUUCAUGGAUGCCCGAGGCAAAGGCGGUGGCAACUCGCCUUCUCGUACCAAACUGCAGCAGCUACACGAAACUCACACUGAGUAUGGCGUUUCCUGAUGAUGAGGCGCUUCAGUCGCAGAUAAACUACAAGGAGAUCUCCGGUCGACAGCUAGUGGACGCCAUGACACUUGCAAAAGGUAUCAAGUUUGAGGGUAUUAUCGUUGCUGAACUUACAGCACGCCUGAAUGCGGCGCAGGAGCGAUUUUCUCCGGACGAUCUUCGCAUGGUGCAGGCAUCUGGACGGCAAGAAUUACUGGCAGCCUGUAUGAUGUACCUCUCAAGCCGCUUUGCCGAGGCUGAGUGGACGGCAGAUACUCUUUACAGUCUGCCGUUGGCAUCAGGCAUACCCCAUGCUCGGGAUCCUGUGAAGGCACUUGCAGCCGCCAAGGCGGUUUCCAUCUCACCCGAGCAGUUUGUUUCGCUUGUGGAAAUUCUUACGAGCGUCUUUGGGGAGGACUCGGACGAGGCGAUGGUCAACUUUGUCGUCACGGGAGGCGAGGAAUUGGUGAGCGAGGAAAAGGUGCAGCUGCGGACCGUGCUGCGGUACCUCGAGGCGGUGCGCCCAAUCCGCAAGUUGCACCCCAGAUCCGAGUGGCUGGCGAUCUUCAACGAGAAGAUGCUGCGCUUCAUGCGAAGCUUGGGGACGAGAGAAAUGCGAAGUCUGCUGUGGUCGCUGCAGGAGGUGUAUGGGAACGUAGCGCAGCAGCCCCUUCUGCAGCAGACACUCACGGAGAUUGUAAACCACGCCUACGGCCGCAUUACGCAGCCGGACGAGGAAGCGGCGCAAUUUACACUUCUCAUUGCGCAUAUACAAUACGGCAUGCCCAAUCCACCGCUGACGGCCUCAACACCGUUGGCUGUUUCGGUUAAAAGUAACGCGGCGACGUACCCCGCCGAGGUGCGGGAUGCAGUCAUGAACAUGUCGCUCCCGCAAGAAGCGCAGACGAAGCAGGUUGGCCGUUUCACGUUGAGGGCGGUCAGAGCGCUGGCAACGCCAAUGCCGACGCCUCCAACAGAGCCGCAGUCCCAUGACGUGAACGCGGCGUUGGAUGCGGACCCAUUUGCGACCCCAUUACGAGCAACCGCCAGCGACGCAACAACAACGGGAACAGCAACACUGUCACCGCCACAACAACAACAACAACAGUCCCAGCCAUUAUCGCAGUGCAACGUGGGAGCGAUGCCGGCAUUUGGCGCCAAGGACGUCUCUUCCGCGCAGAUGACAAAACCCACCGGGUCACAACCAGCGGCUACCACAGAAGCUUACGAGAAUGCUACCAGGACCCAUACAAAUGGAAUACAGGAACAGACAAAUGAUUCGGCGUCUGCGCCUCCAUCUGCCACGCACAGUGGAAAUACGACUUCCGCGCCAUCAGGCAUGAGAAGAUGGAAUCUCUUUGGCAAUGCACCGGAUACUAGCAUGAAGCCACGAGAGCCUGUCAUGUCUGCACCUCCAGUAGCGUCGCAGCCGCCGCCACCAGAAGAAUCACGAGCGGCAGAUUCUCACACGGGGUCAUCGUACAUGAAGUUGUUUGACCCAAGCCGGUUGUCGAACGCGUGGCAUGACAUGUCGCAGCAGGAACCGCAUGGAGGUGACAUGAUCAACCAAGGCAACAGCAACACCAUUGACGAACAACUGCGACCGCGUCGAACAGGUCUUCCUCGGGUCGACAAACAUGGCUCUUCCACAGGCAUUCAUACUCCACCGGCUGCCAAAUCUUCCUUUGGAUACGAUUCACCUCAGUUCAGCUACGAUGGGUGGAAUACGUCACCAAACGCCGCCAGAACAAAUGCACCGCCAACAUCGGGGUGGGCAUCUCCGUGGAGUGUGCCUAGGCCUUCCAUGGCAUCUGCACAAGGGAACCACAUGGGAGGACAAAAUGCCACUUGGUUAUCGCCGCAGAUGCAGCCUCCCGCAAGGGCUUUUGGUGGCAAUGGAAAUUCCUUUGGCGUCAAUACCCAACAUCAGCAACCAAUGCAACAACAACAACAACAACAACAGCAACAGCAGCAGCAAACACAACAAAAAAUGCCCCAGCCACCCCCAAUGAACACAUCCAUGAUGCAACAGCAUUCACAGCAACAUCAGCAGCAACACGAACAAGAACCUCAGCAGCAGCAGCAGCAGCAGCCACAACAGCACCAGCAGCAGCAGGGGGCGCCCUCAGCGUACAGAAUGGCACCACGGGGUGGGGUGGCGUCUCCAGGAAAUCAUUUGUUUAUUGAUCCUGCAUCUAGCUCACGGCCCCGACCCGUCAUUACGAAAAAGAAUCCUUCGUCAAAGGCGCAACAGUCUGUUCCUUCGUCUUCGUUGGAUGAAGAUAUCAAUCAGAUGUACGCAAAAAACGCGGAAGGUCCUAAUGAAGGUGUAUCAAAUUUUAUGAAGAAAGCGGGACUUACAAAAAUCACGGGAUAUAAUAUGGGUUCGACGGAUGGGGAAACAACUCGUGGAGACCAGAAGGGUUUCUGGGCAGAUUUGAUUAAUCAAUCGGUAAGGCGAACAAAGGGCGAAAGUCGACGAACCAACAAAAAACCGAAUAGACUCUCGGAGUGGCUAGAUGCGCCACCAACACGGGCUGUGACAGCAGCUCGAAAGGGUCGAGUGGCAACACCGUCAGCACCUGCUGCCAAAGGCAAGUCCAAGCCGAAGGAAAAACGGGGGAACGGCAAGGAGCAUACGUCUUUGGCGACAGCGCCGACAUUGUCAGCAAAGCCUACAACUGCCGCGCGAGGGAAGGGAGCAGCGAACGCAAAGGCAUCUUUGCCAAAGGCCGCUAGGGGAACGUCGGCAAAGGCGCCGGCAGCAAAGGUAGCCUCAAAAGUUGCAGCGAAAUCGACAUCAAAGGCCGCGGUAGCGAAGCCGAAGAAGCAGCCCGAGAAUAAUAAUCAUAACAAUAUUAAUAUUAAUAAUAAUAAGAAGGUAGUGAAGAAAAAGAAUGAAAAGAAGCCUGUAAUGAAAAAGGCAGCUCCUUUACCGUCCUCUGUUGCCGCCAAUGCGAAGAAUAAAACCCCAAAGAAGACGAAGAGCAGUAGCAACCGAAAGAAAUAG